AUGUCAGGCAUGGUAGAGGUGUGGGUUGGGGAGCUAGCUAAGCUGAAAGAGAGAGUCGUGAGCAACAGGAACAAAUCCAAAGAGGGUUUUGAAGAAGAGAAAGAAGAGAGAAGGGAAACUCAAAAGAACACAUCAACAAUAUCUGAGUCAACAAUAUGUUUGCUUAUGGAUAGAUUUGCGCCUUGUUAA